GGGAGCCCGCCCGGACGGGACGGCGAGGAGGAGCUGCUGCUGCCGCCGCCGGGACUCGGCCCGCAGGCCCCCCGAGACCCCCUGUUGACCGCAGGAACUGCAGAGAUGAACAUAUUCUUGGAAGAUCCAGAAUUUGCUGAAAUUAUUCUACGGGCAGAACAAGCAAUUGAUGGCGGAGUCUUUCCAGAAAGAAUAUCUCAAGGGUCAAGUGGCAGUUACUUUGUUAAAGAUCCCAAAGGGGAACCGCAAAGGAAUUGCAUUUCCAAACAUCUGGUAGUAGGAGAGAAAAUUAUUGGAGUGUUUAAGCCAAAAUCUGAAGAGCCUUAUGGUCACCUGAACCCCAAAUGGACCAAAUAUUUUCAUAAAGUCUGCUGCCCAUGCUGUUUUGGCCGAGGCUGCCUUGUUCCUAAUCAGGGAUACCUUUCUGAGGCGGGUGCGUCUCUUGUGGAUGAGAAACUCGGUCUGGGAGUUGUCCCUAAAACCAAGAUCGUCUGGCUUGUCAGUGAAACAUUCAACUAUAGUGCAAUAGAUCGUGCAAAAUCAAGAGGCAAAAAAUACGCUUUAGAAAAAGUGCCAACAGUGGGUAGAAAAUUUCAUCGAAUAGGACUGCCUCCUAAGGUUGGCUCCUUCCAGAUGUUUGUAGAAGGUUAUAAGGAGGCCGAUUACUGGCUUAGAAAAUUUGAAGCCGAUCCCUUACCUGAAAAUACCAGGAAACAACUACAGUCGCAGUUUGAGAAAUUGGUUGCCUUGGAUUACAUCACCAGAAAUACUGACAGGGGCAAUGAUAACUGGUUAGUCCGUUAUGAGAAACAAAGUGAUGGGAGCCACUUUUCUGACAAGGACGAGGAGUGGAUGGGUAGUAAAAAAUCGCUUAUUAAAAUUGCUGCGAUUGAUAAUGGUCUAGCAUUUCCUUUUAAACAUCCGGAUGAAUGGAGAGCGUAUCCAUUUCACUGGGCUUGGCUUUCGCAAGCCAAAGUUCCCUUUUCUGAAGAAACCAGAGACCUUAUUCUCCCACGAAUCUCUGACAUGAACUUUGUACAGGAUCUCUGUGAAGAUCUUUAUGAGCUUUUUAAGACCGAUAAAGGAUUCGACAAGGCUACCUUCGAAAAUCAGAUGUCUGUGAUGAGAGGGCAGAUCCUGAACCUCACCCAGGCCCUGAAGGACGGGAAGAGUCCCAUUCAGCUCGUGCAGAUGCCUCGAGUGAUCGUGGAGCGAAGUCAGAGUGGGAGCCAGGGCCGGAUCGUCCAGCUGAGCAAUUCUAACGCCUUCACUCAGACUGUCCAUUGCAGGAAACCUUUCUUUUCCUCCUGGUAGUGGACCUGUGGGCCAGAGAAAGGAACUCCUGCCUGGAAUUCAGCUAUCUGUUGAUAUCAGACUUUUGCAAUAAUUUAAACCUGCUGUAGCCCAAGAACUCCAACUGCCAAAACCUCAGAUACCUGAAAUCCUUAGGAAGUUUGAUGUUGAAUGCGAUCAAAGUUUACAGUUUUCAUGCCCCAAAAUGGUGACUUCUAUGCCAGGGAAUAACCAAGGACCUAUUGUCUAUAUUGUAUUUUUCUAAGGUAAAUAUUUUAUUGUGGGUCAUUACUACUUUAAAGGGAAAGUUUACAGUUUAUGUUUGCUGAAAUGGCUGUAAUUGCUUUGGAGUAUAAAGUAGAAAAUUGAGAUGUUUAUAAUUGAGUGUGAAUUCAAGAACACAGCGCAUACAAGAACAUACAGCUUCACUUUGCUGUUUCUUUUUUUUUUUUCCUCUUUGAGCGAAGGAGUACAUAGGUUAAAUUGCCUCUGGUAAUAAAAAGGUCUUUGAGACCGCAUCUGCCUGAUGCUGGCCCGAGGGGCUUCGGUAACCUCAGUUUACUCUGCUGUGAGAAAAAACAGCUGCUCUCUCUGAAACUUGAAGACUGUUCCUCAGAGGAGUUAUUUUGUGAUGGGGGAUACGGAGAGCACAGACCACUUCUUUGGUGCUUGUCUGGGGACUGUAUACUCUGUUCGGAGAAGCAGGCGCAAGAAUAAUUGAAAGAGUGAUUAAUACACAGUCCCCUGUACUCAGAGAUGCCCCCUCGCAGACAUGUUUUUCUGGGUAUUCUUUGUUUUUAUGUUUCUGCCAGAACUCAUUCCUCCCAGGCUGGCCCGACCCCAGCCCGAUUAUGCUCUGUCAUCAGCUAUUGCCGGUGACCGUUGACGUCCCCUCAAACGGUUUCGACCUCUUAUCGUAGGAGCCCCUUUCCUCAACCGUUGGGUGUCUUCUCCCAUCUGGAGAGCAGGCCUGCCCUAAGGAGUCCACCCCUCUCUGAUCUUACUACCUGAGAUGGAUGCAGUAUGUGCCCAUCUCUUUCUGUCCCCUUCUGCUUAAUUCAUCAAGGCGGCAGAAGUGUGGGGUAACAGGCUCCGUGAGGCGUGGACCGUUCCGCUUCCCGCUGAGCUCGGGUCUGCCGUGCCCAGCGCUGCCAGCACUGGCAAAGACCCUGCGGGGAGAGUCGGCAGAGCCUGAGGCCGGCCGAGCAUCAGCACACGCCAGUCAGACGGGCGGCCUCCCGCCGUCCAGAGAGAAGAGCAGCUCACGCCGGCCGGGUCGGCGGCUGAGCUACGGUGCAGCCGCCUUGGGGUCCGUGGGGAGGGGACUCUGGUCUCGGCGUCCUCUCCCCCACGACAGCUUCAGGGACACAGGUUGAAGUACCUAUGCCACGGAACGGAAGGAGAGGCGGGCUAGGGAGCGUUGGUCAGUGAUGAUCUGUGUUAGAGAUAUGUGGAGAUGGCCCACGUGGGCCAGACCCACGGUGGAAGAGUGGCCUGUUAGCCUGGGCGCAGCAGGUGUGAGGGCUGCCGUUUUGCCGUGGCUUCAGGGGCUGGGCUCUCGUCCCCCGGUGGCGGGGUGGGAAGGUUGGAAAGGGCAAGAGCUCCUUUCUAGUCCAGCCGGGCAGCAGCGGUGGGGAGAGGGGAAGGCCGGCCGGGCCUGCAGUGCCAACCCACCGUGCGGUCACUGGGAGGGAGGAGCAGAGGUUUCUGGCGAACUCUGCAUGCUUUACUUUGAAGAGCAUCAGACACGACUCCUUUUUUCUUUCUGAGGUAAAGAAUCAUUAGAAGGAAAUAUGGGGAGUGCUUGUUUUUAUUGGCCAGCACCAAAGAUCCCCCCAUCUUGUGCACUGGGUACUGAACACUGAAAUAGUCAUUAUUCACUGCAUGAACCCAUUCAAUCAUCAACUGGAAAAAUGGAAAGUAAACCACACUCCACAAUGGGUAUCACCAUUGUGCUCGGAGGCCUUAAUUUACAGAGUUGCAAACUGAAAUCUUAUACUACAUUCUUCUAAUGAAUCGCCACAAUCACUUGAAUGCACAUUUUCCUCUAAGUAAAAGUUUAUACCUUCAAAAGUUGGGGCCAAAAGGAAAUGCACUUUUUGGUGAGGAUCGAGUACAACAGCCUCUUCAGUUUUUCCAAAUGCUUGUAUUUUAUCAUUCCCCCAAAUGUUUGAGAACUUCUGAAUUGCCGCUGUGCCGCUGCUCUCGGUCUGUGGAAAAAUGUUUUCGUUUAACUGGCCAAGCCUUAAAAGUAAUGUGCCGUACAUCGUUUUCUAGUUUUUAAACUGACUAGAUCGGAGUAAACAGAUCACGUCUUUUUAAGCGUUCCACUCUGUCUAAAUAUUUUUGUUAAAACUUUGUAAAUGAAUAAAUUUAAUAUAUCAGAUAUGAUCUACUUAACAUGGCAAAUAUAUCUUUAGAAACCUA